AGAGAAAAAAUGAAUCCUUGCCAACAAUCAGGGGUGGAGGAGAUUUCACUCCUCUUCACUUGGCUGUUUUACUGGGAAGAACUGAAAUGGCAUGGCAUCUGUUUCCUAAAACCAAACAAAUAUUUCAAGAGGUCGAUUGGACCACAGUUUUCUUUCUUUCUAUAAACUGUGGCCUCUACGAUUUAGCCCUGGAAAUGCUAAAGGAGAAGGACACGCUGGCUUAUUGCAGAGGUGAUGACAACUUGACAGGUUUGCAUGUCUUGGCUCGAACUCCUGGUUGUGGUUGCCAAACUCCACGAUGUAGAAAACACGUUCUACCUUUCUAUAAGGAGACUCCUAUUCUCAAACUUGUGAAACGAAUGUGGGAAAUAGUUGUUUCCCUGGAUGAACAAAUGAUGAUGGAUAUCCUCUCGGAACCAUCUCAAGUAAUAUUCAUAGCUGCAGAAGUUGGGAAUUUUGAAUUUCUGUCCGUGGUCUUGAGUACUUACCCUGAUUUGAUAUGGGAACUAGAUGCCAUGGAUCGAAGUGUAAUCCACAUUGCAGUCCUGCAUCGUCAUGCUAGUAUCUUCAAUUUGAUACAUGAAAUAGGCCCUAUCAAAGAGUUCAUUCUAACUUUCAAAGAUGAUCAAGGGAACAAUUUACUUCAUUAUGCUGCAAAACAAGCACCACCAGACCAACUUAAUAUGGUUUCUGGAGCAGCUCUUCAAAUGAUGCUUGAGCUGUCAUGGUUUGAGGAGGUGAAGAAGAUAAUGCCACUGUCAUCCAUAGAGGAACCAAAUUCUUUCGGCAUUAUUCCUCGACAAGUAUUCAGUGAAGAGCAUGAAGAAUUGCGGGAGAAAGGAGAGUCUUGGAUGAAGAGAACUGCAAAAUCAUGCAUGGUUGUUUCAACUCUGAUUACUACUGGAGUUUUCACUGCUGCAUUCAGUGUUCCAGGUGGUAUCAAUGAUGCUAAUGGUGGAACUCCCAAUUACUUGGAGGAAGCAGCAUUCUUGGUAUUUGCAUUAUCAGAUUCCAUUGCAUUGAUCUCAUCAUCAACUUCGAUCCUAAUUUUCUUGUCUAUCCUAGUCUCUCGAUAUGCGGAGGAUGAUUUUCUUAUGUCACUGCCCUUAAAACUUAUGUCUGGUCUUCUGGCACUGUUGAUCUCAAUAAUUAGCAUGAUGGUAGCAUUCAGUAGUGCCUUCUUUAUAACAUAUUUCAAUGGAGUAAUCUGGGUUCCUAACCUCAUUUCUGCAAUUGCUUUUGUACCAAUACCUGUAUUUAUAUUUCUGCAGUUUCCCCUUUGGUCUGACAUUGUCUAUUCAGCUUACAUUUGUAGUUUUAUAUUUAGACCAAGUAGACGUAUGAUUCACUAGGAAGGCAACAAUUUCAAUUUUCUAAUGAUAUAUUGCGUCUAAUUAAUGUUGUUGUAACAAGAUAUUAUUGGUUUAGAUAAGCUUUUGGUCUCCUAGAGUCUUUCUUUUAUAUAUGUAUCACUUUUAUUAUUUG